AGAAGAAGAAGAAGGAGAAGAAAAAAGAGAGGUAGUAAUUAGGCAGCGGGGAACUAGAGUGCAAUAAUGCUUUAGUUCUCUGAACUGUUGUUUAGUUUCAGUUUCUCAGUUUAUUACGUAGUGAAGAGACUCAUUCGUUAUUUAAUCUCGAACUUUCCGUUUGCCACCGAGGAUUAAACAUGGCAAUAGCAAGCGUAGCUACAGAGUAUGUUUUCACAGACUUCUUACUGAAAGACUCGAGUACAGAGGGGAAGUAUAAGAGCGCGCGCCUGGACCUGGCUCUGGAUAAGCUGGUUCUCUGUAUUGCAGUCGGCCUGCCGCUGCUCUUCAUCUCUCUGGCCUUCGCUCAGGAAGUUUCAGUCGGUACUCAGAUCAGCUGUUUCUCUCCCAUGAACUUCUCCUGGAGGCAGGCUGCAUUUGUGGAUGCCUACUGCUGGGCAGACGUCCAGAAACAGAACACGGGGGGACUUCCACUCUCAAUUCAUAAGUUUUUCCCCUACAUCCUCUUGUUUGUAGCCAUGCUGAUGUACGUCCCAGCCCUGUUCUGGCGAUUCACUGUGACUCCUGGUCUCUCCUCCGAUCUGACCUUCAUUAUGGACCAGCUGGACCGCUCUUACAACAGAGCCAUCAAACUGGCCAAGCGUCUCCACGGCAACCCCGACACGCACGGCUCUGUGUCAGACCUGACGGACAACUGCUUUAGGUACCCGUUGGUGGAACAGUAUCUGAAGACCAAACGUUUCUCCUUCGACCUGCUGCUGCGCUACCUGCUGUGCCGAGUCUUCACCUUCUUGGCUCUGGUCCUGGCCUGCGUCUACCUGUGUUACUACAUCCGGCUGUCUGUGACAGACGAGUUUCAGUGUAAUAUCCGCUCGGGUGUGCUGUUUAACGACUCGACCGUGCCUGAAGCCCUGCAGUGCAAGCUAGUAGCUGUGGGUGUGUUCCAGCUCCUCAGUUACAUCAACCUUGCUGUGUACUUGCUGCUGGCACCCAUAUGUGUGUACACUAUGCUGGUUCCUCUGAGGAGCUCGGCUGGUUUCCUGAAGCCGUACGAGAUGCUGCCCACGCUUGGGGUGAUGGAGAUUGGACCCAGAGCUUGGGAUGAUCUGGCGAUGUACCUGCUGUUUCUGGAAGAGAACCUGAGUGAGCUAAAAAGCUACAAGUGCUUGAAGGUAUUAGAGCUCCUGAAGGAGUCUGGAGAGGUACAGUUUGACACCAUGGUCCUGCUGGAGGCACUGGGUCAGGUGAAAACGGAUGUGGUGGAUGGGAGACUGGAAAAGAACUCGCAGACGGACACGGAGAAGACUUUGGGAAACUGUGUAGAGAUGAAAGAAGCCUCUCCUCUGCUGACUGAGGACAGAGUCGGGACAUCUCGAGAUGACGCAGCUGUGCGCCAGAGAGUCACAUGAUGUUCCUGCAUCACAUGAUGGGGAUGUGGGUAAAUGCAGCGUUAUGCCUGAUGAGACGUCAUGCACUGUGGUCUGGAAAGCAGACACUGGAUAUGGUACUGUGUGUGUGUGUGUGUGUGUGUGUGUGUGUGUGUGUGUGUGUGUGGAGUUGAUUUGUAUGAAUCGAUAUCUUCAUUGCUGGAAUAUGCCAUGUUUAUCUCAUUUUUUUGUAAGUACUGAUGAUGUACUAUGAUGUAUGACUGAGAUGUGUAUAUGCUACGUGUUAAUGGUACAUAACGGUACACCGAUUAUCUCAUCUGGAACUGCUAAACUAACAUACAGUUUACUUGGGGAUGAAGACGGGUUUUGAGUUAUUUACACAUUGUAGAAAAUCAUAUCAGUGGUCCUUCAACUCAUGUAAUACUGUAUUUUGUAUUUUAUUUAUUUAUUUUGUUAAACAUGUUGAAUUUCAUAGCAUCAGGAAUGUAGAUUUCUUACCUCACUAUAUGAUUACCAAACACCCCAAUAUCACAGUUUUCAGUGACUCAAGUGUCUUGCUCUGUCCCCAUUUUAAAAAUAACUUUCUUUUUUUUUUUCGCCAUUAUUUAUACGUCAACUCGUUUGUGUUGGGAGAUUUUACAGCCUGUGUUUUCUAUAACUUGAAUAUUCUCUAUGGUACUUUUUAUUAUUGUUGUUGUUGUUGUUGUUGUUGUUGUUGUUAUUAUUAUUAUCAUAUGGAAGAUUUCUCUACUGUUAGCAUGCUCAUUUUGUUUCAGAGGGAAAAUCCAGUUAGCUGGUGAGCUAAUAUUUUGUAAGAUGUUGUUUAUUUUCUAAUUUUGUGGUUAAAAAUAAAUGGAAGCCUAGGUGGGCCACUAUAAAAAGUGUAAUGCAAAUAACAAGCAAGUGAAGUGGGGUCAUGUUUGUUGACGGGGAUAUUUCCAAGAUCGAAUUCCUAUAAUAUUUCGAAAUGAAUGGUAUUCUGCACAAAUGUUCAUAUUGUUAAAAGAAAAAAAAAGUAAUGUCUCUUUAAGAGGAUUGCACUUAAACGUAAACAGUAGUUUAUCGAAGUAGAGUAGAGUUGUCGUUGUCGUUGUCGUUGUUGUUAAGUGGUGUCUAUGGCAAAAACAAUGUUCUUGUAGAGUAAAAUAAUGGUGUUCAUGCUAUUAUUGUUUCAGGUCCUUAUGCUAUAUUAUUAAACAUGUAAAAUGUCAGAUUUCUAUUAUACCCUGAUACGGUUUGCUUUCUGUUAAGACAAUCAGGGUUUUUUGGAAUAUCUGAUGAACAUGAUGUUUUGGUUUUAUUAAUUUCAGUUAACACAAACAGUUUACACUACUAUAAACUGGUAUGAGGUAAUCGUCUUCAUUUUCUAUGACUAUAAAGCUUCUGGGUUUUAUUUUAGUCCAUUGCUUUGUAAUUCUAGUAAUACUGUAUGUAGUUGAUCUGUAGUUUCAUGUCUGACGGUACUCUCAGGGUUUCAAUAAGGAGAACUGGACAAUGUUUGAAUUUAUUUCAUUGCAUUUGCUGCCAAUUGUGGACGGUUUAGGUUUGUUAUUAUGUGUAAUGAAUGUUUGUGCAUGCAUGUGCAUGUUAGAGAAAAAAAAAAAAAAGAAUCCUGCAUCUUUUUUAAGUAAUAAAUUUUUUUUUUUUUUUUUUUACACUGGUGUGGAUUUUUCAUUUUUCAGGACUGACAGAGGAUGUUUAAAGCUGCUUUAGUUUCUGUACUAAAAUCCUUGAUAGAUGCCCACCUCUGACUGCAUCAGAGUUCUUCAUUUCUGUAUUAAUGCGCCGCAUUAUAAACCAAUAAAACCAUUACACUAGUCAUGUUUACACGCACAGCAGUAAUCUAAUUAUUGACCUUAUUCUGAAUAGGACAAUAUUCUGAUUAAGGUGUUUACAUGAGUCGAUUUUAUGUUAUGCAGUUGUUAAAGAUUAAAGUCACUUUUUUUUACAACCUUCCGAUUGCAUUUUUUAAAUAAACGCCUGAGGGAAAUGAUGCAGGA